AUAGCGUGAUCCUAGUUCAUAAGAUACACUGACUGUAGCCUAUCUUAUCACUUAUAUCCACGUCAGCAGAGUCACUCUUCAGGUUGUGUCUCGUUCGAUUAGCACAAUGAACGUUUUUAAAGUAUUGGUUUUGAUCUGGUCAAUCUACAUCUUUGAGCAAAAAGUUGAAGCGCUGACCUGUCUGAAGUGCGACUACGUGGUGCAGCCUCGACACUGUACAACGGUUAUCUCAUGUCCGGAUGAUGAUUCGUGCUUUGUUGAGAAGCAGACAAAUGCAUUUGGUGAAACAGGUUACAACCUUGGAUGUAUCUCAAAACGUUCGUGCAGAAAUGCCAUCUCCAGUUUGAGUCAUUGUACACAGUGCUGUGACAUGGAUCUGUGUAACAACGCUGGAUGCGGUAAAGAAGGUUAUCCUUUUCAACGUGCACCCGUGUGUUAUAGUUGUGAAAACCCGUUACCUGAAGGUCGUUGUCAUAGUAUUGAUGUUUGUCAGGAAGGAGAGGUGUGCAGCUUAAACGGCGAGGACUCGUUUGGAUCCAUAUUAUAUACAUCCAGAUGCAUGCCAAAAGACCACUGUCUUUCCAAACCUGGUAGUGUCCUCAUUGGUCGACGCAGUCACAUGACAUCCACACUAACAAGGUCACAUGGUCUGCAUGACUGUUUCAACUGUUGUGAUGCUGACCUUUGUAACACAAAUUGCAAAACCAGAGUAGACGGUCAGUGGGGUGCAUGGACUACAUGGUCCUUGUGCACAUCUCAUUGUAACCAAACACGAACACGAGCGUGCGACAAUUCAGCACCGCAACAUGGCGGGAGAGAUUGCACCGGCCAUACGACUCAAACACAAGGCUGUUACACUGACCAAUGCCAAAUUGACGGACAGUGGGGCUCAUGGACUGCAUGGUCUCUAUGUACAUCUCACUGUAACCAGACAUGGACACGAGCAUGCAACAAUCCAACACCGCAACAUGGCGGGAUAGAUUGCACCGGCCCUACGACGCAAACACAAGGCUGUUACACUGACCAAUGCCAAAUUGAUGGACAGUGGGGCUCAUGGACUGAAUGGUCUCUAUGUACAUCUCACUGUAACCAGACACGGACUCGAGCUUGCGACAAUCCAGCACCGCUACAUGGCGGGAGAGAUUGCCAUGGCCUUGCCACGCAAACCCAAGGUUGUAACACAUCUUCAUGUGAAGUGAAAGAUUGCUUGGAGCUACUAAGCAGUGGUGCUGCUCUGCUUAGUGGUGUGUACACCAUCACCACCCCUCUAAAUCACACCAAGAUACAGGUUUACUGUGACAUGGUGACGGAUGGAGGAGGGGGGUGGACGGUUUUCCAAAGACGGUUUAAUGGCAGUGUGGAUUUUUAUCGAAACUUCAGUGAAUAUGAAAACGGGUUCGGACAAAAGGACGGCGAACAUUGGCUCGGACUGAAAUUCAUUCAAGAGAUAACAUCAAGUGGUGCCUAUCAACUGCGUGUGGAUUUCAAACGUUGGGGCGAGACAAAAGGAUACGAUGUUUACGAAAAUUUCAGUCUGCAGCCGGGUACUAACUACACAAUUAAUAUUGGGUCACGAUUACAAUCACUAGGUGUUUUCAAACAUUCACUCAAUGGUGCGCCCAACAAUUCUGCAGCCGGCUGUGCAUUCAGUACGUACGAUCACGACGUGGACAAACACCCUAUGAAUUGUGCAGAGACGUAUAGAGGAGCCUGGUGGUACAAUGCCUGUUUUGAUGCUAUUAACCCUAAUGCACUAUAUGGCGGACCGGAAACACACGAAGCGCGGUACAUGAUGUAUGGUUUUAGUGAUGCGGACCGGUUAGCGCUGGCUGCCAUCACCAUGAUGUUCAAGCAGGCAUAGUUCAGCAUCGAAAAAAAUUAUGUGCAUUAGCGUGUAUGGCAUUUUGCAUUAAAUUUACACCGUACAUAAGUAUA